AUGCCCGCGUUAAAAUUCUGCGCAAAUAUCUCCUGGUUGUUUACCGAGUUACCAGAAUUCACUCAGCGGUUGCAGGCAGCAGCCUCUGCUGGUUUUCGGGCAGUAGAAGCAGCCUGGUUAUAUGACUGCGAUAUUGCCAAACUUGUCGAUGCAAAGACUCAAGCGGGUAUUGAAGUUGUGCUCCUGAAUACUCCUCCGGGGGAUAUGAAGGCCGGUGAUCUGGGUCUGGGAGCUGUGCCUGGCAGAGAGCAGGAGUUCAGGAAGGGUCUGGAGUUGGCUGUGCACUAUGCCAAAGCAUUGGACUGCAAGAGGAUCCACUUGAUGGCAGGGAGGGUACCUGUGGGGGCGGACCGCUCCGCAGUUACCAUGGAGAUGGAGACCACCUUUGUACAGAACCUGAAGCAUGCUGCAGAUGUCCUCUCAAAGGAAGGAAUGCUGGGGCUGAUUGAGCCCAUCAACACCAGGAUAACAGACCCGCAGUACUUCCUCAACUCUCCGCAUCAGGCGGCUGAGAUUUUGCAGAAAGUCAGUCACUCCAGUAUUAAACUGCAGAUGGAUGUCUAUCACUGGCAAAUAAUGGAUGGAAACUUAACACAGAAUAUCCAGAAGUAUUUUCCCCUCAUCGGCCAUGUUCAGAUUGCACAGGUGCCGGGCCGCAAUGAGCCAGACAGCGCUGGAGAGCUGAGCUUUCCUUACCUCUUCAACCUGCUGGAGGAGCUGGGAUAUCAGGGCUACAUCGGCUGUGAAUACAAACCCCUGGGCUCCACAGUGGAUGGUUUGAAGUGGGUUCAGGAUUACUUAAACUCUCACAGGGCUAGAUGUAGUGCGUAGGAUGACAUCGACAUUGACACGAGAUGGCUGAGAGCCCUUUGAAGUUUCUCUCUCUUCCAACACGUUCGUUUCCCUUCAUCCACUCAUCCUUGCCAAGCUCCAUUACAGCAGAAUAGAGUUUGGCAGCCAAAAGCCUGGGCUGAAGGUCUGGUCUGUCCAGUGAUUGAGCCUGCUCCCGCUACACAUUACAAUUUAAUGAAGAUACUCUCUGGCAGAGCGCUUAGAGAGGGCUUUAGGAUAUGCCAACUCUUGAGUGUUUAUUUACUGAGGGGAAAAAAAGGUGGAUUUUUGAAAACGCCCCACUCAUAAACUGACCGUUCGGAUUUUUAUUUGUGUUUGCAUUUCAUUGUAACAAAUCCACUUGUAAGUACAUAAUUUACAUUUUACAACAGUUCCAGACCUAUUUUUUUGUUU